GAGCGGGCCAGGCGCUGUGUGCUUGCGCUGUGCCGAGCCAGGGCCGGCGCGGCGGCUGCGCUUCCACGGCGCCGCCGGGGCAGGGUUUCGCUCGGUUUGGCUCCGUGUCACACACAGAUGUGACUCUUGUCUGUUCCCUGCGAACGUACAACCGUGACGGCUCACCUCAUCCCGCCUCCCUUCCCCCCCCCCCCGAAAAAAAAAAUCCCACCCUUUUACAAAAAAUUUCCUCAGAUCCCACACCGAGCAGCAGCCGCCGCCGCCGCAGCAGAGUCCCGAGAGCUGAUGGAGCAAUGGUCAGAAGAGGCAGAAGUGGAUGUGAGAGACAGACACACACAGAGACACAGAGAGCGAAAGAGGGCAAGAGACUUGACUUUAAGAGACUCCUGCACUGACAACUCCAUGCAGUUCGGAACAAGAACGGCAGCGACCGAGUCUGGUUUCAUGGGGACAUGGCAGAACACUGACACCAACCUCUUAUUCAGAAUGUCCCAACAGGCUAUUCGCUGUACACUGGUAAAUUGCACAUGUGAAUGUUUUCAGCCAGGGAAGAUUAACCUGAGAACCUGUGAUCAGUGUAAACAUGGCUGGGUGGCACAUGCCUUGGACAAACUUAGUACUCAGCAUCUCUACCACCCAACCCAAGUGGAGAUUGUGCAGUCCAAUGUUGUGUUUGACAUCAGCAGCUUGAUGCUCUACGGCACUCAGGCUGUCCCUGUGAGACUGAAGAUACUGCUUGAUCGACUUUUCAGUGUACUGAAGCAAGAGGAGGUGUUGCAUAUUCUACAUGGCUUAGGCUGGACACUUCGAGACUAUGUUCGAGGCUACAUUCUUCAGGAUGCUGCAGGCAAGGUACUGGACCGCUGGGCCAUCAUGUCCAGGGAAGAAGAGAUCAUUACCCUUCAGCAGUUCCUGAGAUUUGGAGAAACGAAAUCUAUUGUGGAGCUGAUGGCAAUUCAAGAAAAAGAAGGGCAGGCUGUGGCUGUGCCAUCUUCAAAGACAGAUUCAGAUAUAAGGACUUUUAUUGAAAGCAAUAAUCGCACCAGGAGCCCAAGUCUCCUUGCUCACCUGGAGAAUAGCAACCCUUCCAGCAUUCAUCAUUUUGAAAACAUCCCGAAUAGCCUUGCAUUCCUGCUUCCAUUCCAGUACAUAAAUCCAGUCUCUGCUCCACUGCUGGGGCUGCCUCCAAAUGGCCUCCUGCUGGAACAGCCAGCAAUGAGGCUCCGUGAACCAAGUCUUACAACCCAAAAUGAAUAUAACGAGAGCAGUGAAUCUGAAGUUUCCCCUACGCCUUUCAAGAAUGAGCAAACAUCCAGCAGGAAUGCUUUGACCAGCAUCACGAAUGUUGAGCCCAAAAGUGAGCCAGCCUGCGUCUCUCCUGUUCAGACACCUACGCCAGUCAGUGAUUUAUCAAAAACAGAACACACUAAAAGCUCAUUCCGAAUUCACAGAAUGAGGAGAAUGGGGUCAGCCUCGAGGAAAGGAAGAGUGUUUUGCAAUGCAUGUGGCAAAACUUUCUAUGACAAAGGUACACUUAAAAUCCACUACAAUGCUGUACACCUGAAAAUCAAGCAUCGGUGCACUAUUGAAGGCUGCAACAUGGUUUUCAGCUCUCUUAGAAGCCGCAAUCGCCACAGUGCCAACCCCAAUCCCCGACUCCACAUGCCUAUGCUAAGGAAUAACCGUGACAAAGAUCUGAUACGUGCUACAUCAGGUGCCGCCACUCCCGUCAUAGCAAGUACAAAAUCCAACCUAACUUUAACAAGUCCUGGGCGCCCACCGAUGGGGUUUACCACUCCCCCUCUAGACCCUGUACUGCAGAACCCUCUUCCUAGUCAGCUGGUCUUCCCAGCUUUAAAGACUGUCCAACCCGUUCCUCCUUUUUACAGAAAUUUACUUACUCCUGGAGAGAUGGUGAGUCCUCCAACCUCACUCCCUACCAGUCCAAUAAUACCAGCAGUGAGUGGCAUGGAGCAGCAUCCCCCUCCUCCUUCAGAGUCAUCAGUACCUUCAGUGUUGAUGCCCACCCCAGAGCCCAGUGCAGACCUUGCUCCCAAGAAGAAGCCAAGGAAGUCAAGCAUGCCAGUUAAAAUUGAAAAGGAAGUUAUCGAUACUGCUGAUGAGUUUGAUGAUGAAGACGAAGAGGUGAAUGACAGCAGCACGAUGGUGAAUGACAUUGGUCAUGACAAUCACUGCCAUUCUCAGGAGGAAAUGAGCCCAGGCCUGUCUGUGAAAGACUUUUCCAAAAAUGACAGAAGCAGAUGCAUUUCCAGACCGGACAUAAGAAGGGCAGACAGCAUGACAUCAGAAGACCAGGAGCAUGAGAGAGACUAUGAAAAUGAGUCAGAGUCAUCAGAGCCCAAAUUGUGUGAGGAAACCAUGGAAGGCGAUGAUCGCCUCCAUGAACCUGGUGAAAAAUCAACGAUGCACGGUAACAGACCAGAUGAAAACCACAAUGACUCUUCCAAUCAGGAUGUCAUUAAGGUGAAGGAAGAGUAUACAGACCCUACAUAUGAUAUGUUCUAUAUGAGCCAAUAUGGCCUGUACAAUGGAGGCAGUGCCAGUAUGGCUGCUCUUCAUGAAAGUUUCACUUCUACAUUCAACUACAGCAGCCCACAGAAGUUCUCCCCAGAAGCUGAAAUGUGCUCCAGCCCAGACCCCAAGAUCUGCUAUGUUUGCAAGAAAAGUUUCAAGAGUUCCUACAGUGUGAAGCUUCACUACCGAAAUGUUCAUUUAAAAGAGAUGCAUGUCUGCACAGUGGCUGGCUGUAAUGCUGCAUUCCCAUCACGGAGAAGCAGAGACAGACACAGUGCUAACAUAAACCUGCACCGUAAACUGUUGACCAAAGAACUGGAUGACAUGGGCUUGGACACUUCACAGCCUUCUCUUAGUAAGGACCUCCGCGACGAAUUUUUGGUGAAGAUAUAUGGCGCUCAGCAUCAGAUGGGGCUUGACAUAAGGGAAGACACCUCCUCACCUGCUGGUACUGAGGAUUCCCAUAUGAAUGGGUAUGGCAGGGGCAUGGCGGAAGACUAUAUGGUCCUAGACCUGAGCACCACCUCCAGCAUCCAGUCCAGCAGCAGUAUCCAUUCCUCAAGAGAAUCUGAUGCAGGAAGUGAUGAGGGUAUUCUCCUGGACGACAUCGAUGGAGCAAGUGACAGUGGGGAAUCUGCCCACAAAGCAGAUGCCCCUGCCUUAGCUGUAGGUAUGGGCACCGAUGUCCCAGGAUCCCUCAUGUUCAACAGUGUUUCGGUGAGCAACGGUGGGAUAAUGUGUAACAUUUGCCACAAAAUGUACAGCAACAAGGGAACCCUCAGAGUGCACUAUAAAACAGUGCACUUGCGAGAAAUGCACAAAUGUAAAGUCCCUGGGUGCAACAUGAUGUUCUCCUCUGUUCGUAGCCGAAACCGGCACAGUCAGAACCCCAAUCUGCAUAAAAACAUUCCCUUCACAUCAGUAGAUUAGUUCGAGGAUGGACACAGCAUAAUGCCAGCUCUCAGAGAGGGCCCACUAUAUCUGAACUGCCAUAUACAGUCUCCCUUUAUAUGUAUGUGUGUGUGUAUAUAUAUAUAUAUAUACAUAUAUAUAUAUAUACAUAAGUAUAUAUAUAAUCUUUUUCUUUUCUUUUUUAACAAAAGAAACACCAGGUGCUUUCCCCCCUUUGUUGGUUGUUGGGGUUUGUUUUCCCUUUUUUUUUUUUUUUUGAUAGAAACAAAAAGGUGGGACCUUUAAUUUGGGAGAAGAGGUCCUUCAUGGAGAAAAAAAGCGAACAAAAACAAAAAACCCAAAGCCACAGAAAACUUGCAGUUGUCCCUAGUUCUGUUAGAAUGUUCUUUGGUCAUCUCUACAGAGACAGUUUGUCCUACCUGUGACUUUUGCCUGAAAAGAAAAAAACAAACAAAAAACACUAACCCCCCCAAAACAAAAACACACAAAAAAAUUGCAAACAAACAAAAAGAGAAAGAAAAAACAAUCUACUUAGUUGUAUUUGUGUCUUCUAAGCAUUGGGGAUAACGUUCUACUAAGCAUGGCUGUUACACUUGUAUAUAUAUAUUGAGCCUUGACAGGCCUAUGAUGUAAAACAAUUGUAUUGAUGGUGGUUUAACUCUAUUUUUUUUUGCUUAAUUUUUACAGUUACAUUCAGCUGUUAGAUAAGCAGGAAAAAUAGUUUGCUGGCUAGUUCUACUCAUUUAUGUUAGCUUUAAUGCACAUUUUUAAAAGAACCACAGUCUUGUUUUAACUACCUGCUAGAUAUAAGUACUACAGAGGUGCUGGCAUGCUUUACAGUACCUGAUUUGAUACAGAUUUUUUUGUCUUGUACUAUUACAUAAUUCCAGUCAUGCACUUUUUCGUACACUACAAGGGGAUGUGUAAUAAUAUCCAUGCUUUUUUUUUUAAACUAUUGCCAUAUUUUCAGUAAGUGUCUUUAAAAAAAUACACUUAGAUAAAAGCGAUCUGGUCAGUAUGAGGGCAUGAAUGCCAAACAAAGAGUAUUAGUGUUUAGUGUUAAUACAAAAGUGCCAACUUUGCACACGUUUUGAAAAAAGAAAAUGUAGUUAUUCGCCAUUACCACAGUUGUAGUUUUUGGACUACACGAAAAAAGUACUGGGGAGGGAAAAGGGGUAAAGUGAAAUACAGAAUUCUUGGUGCUUUUUUCAAGUGCCAAUUGUUACUAGAAACAAUAGUGCAUCCUUAUAUACUGCGUUGCAUAAAAGAAAAAAAAACAAACAGAAUUGUGUCAUGUGAACCAGUAGAAACUUUUUUUUUUCAAACAUGCAUAGUAUUUGGGGAUAUAAAUGCUGAUACUACUUGUCACAGAACAAAGAUGAAUAUAAUUUUGUGUGCUUCUUAUUAUAGCCUGGAUUUUUGUGGUGUUUAAAAAAAAAAAAACCAAAAGGAACAGGGAAAUAAUGUUAACUAUGUUGUUCUGUAAAGUUGUCUUUUUUGCAAUGGAAAGUGCUGUAGUAUGAUUAAGGCAUGUUUUAUAGAAGCAAUCAAAAGAAAUUAAUGGCAGAAGCACUUAGUAGCUCUGAAAACAUAAGCUGGACUUUUUAUUGGGUUACUUUCCCUUUGGAUAAAAUUAGAGGCCAGAAAAAAAGGAUGUCUAGUUGUGUAAAUGUUUUGUGUUUCACUCGCAUGAUUUGUCAGAAAAAAACAAAAGUCCAAGAAAGAUUGUGAGCAAGACAGCAAGCAUGAAUAGGAGACAGAGAAGGAGCAAGCAGCUGAGAAAGGCAGAGAAAAAGAGAGGGUGCCCUCUGAAUCUUUUUUGUUUCCGGUGUUCACACGUGUUGCUUGAGCUAGAAAACCACACUGGCAGCCUGAGUUACCACAACAUUCUGAAUGAGUGACGGUAUUUGCAUAAGUUCAGUCUACAGCCAAAGCCAUUACGAUGUGUGUUGUAGACUCUUUUCUUUACAAAACCAAUAACAAUAACAAAAGCAAAAUGAAAAAUAAACAAACAAAAACCCAAGGGAUAUUUCAGCAUACAAUAAAAUAUUCCUUCAGUGAGAAUGUGUUCCUUUUCUGUAUUUACUGAGAACGUUACUCUUCUUAGCCAAGAGUCAGAAAUGUUGCGUUGUUUCAGCUUGUUGCUGUUUUGUUUUGCUGUGCAUUUUGAUUAUUCUUAUUUUUUAUGUCCACUUGAGUACUUAACUCCUGUUAUGUUUUCUAGAGGAAACUCUUAAUAUGGAUUUCCUUUUUUUUAGUACUUCUUAUUCAUUUCAGUAUUUUUGUUUCCAAAAGUAGGGAUCAAUAUCUAAUAAAUCAGUAUUUCCAGUUGUAGAAAAUAAAAGAAAAAAUUGUUCUAAAUGAAUUUUCACUAUGUUCCUAUGGGUUACAAGCCUCUGAUAAUUUUUGAUUCUGUACACUGAUGAAGCCCUGAAAACAUUUGUGGAUCCUACAGAAAUUUUAAAGAAAAUUUACCUUCUGGUUUAACAAAAAGAAACUUUAUAGCAAAACACCAAGCUGUUUCACUGACACUUUUCUUUCAUCCUUUUUUUAUUUUCUUCAACAUUUUAACUACUUUGCCUUAUUAAAUUGAGUGGAGAGAUCUGCUUUGCUUUGUUUUAUGUUGUGCAAGCUCAGUGUGUUUGUGAGAAAGGGAAAUUAGAACAGUAAGGAUGCAUUCUUCCAAGACAUAUAAACCUUUGUAGUGUUGUCUGUACUGCACUCUCAUGUCUCCUCCCAGGCUAUUAGGUACAAGUAAUAUGGAAAGUCUGAAAAACAAAAUAACAAAAAAUGAAUUAUAUAUACAGAAAAAAAACCCCAGCCCACUGUUUUGUAGUAUGUAUAAAUAAAUAGCAUUUUUAAUGAAAAACACAUUUGAGAUAUAUAAAUAAUUCCUGCUUAAUGAAUCACUGUUCAUCAUUCUCAUUUCACUCUGUUUCUCUUAGAGUUCAAAUGGUUUUGGUAAACCUGUUUGGAAAUUUAUAAACAUCAUCACUAGAUAAAUUCAGCAGAUUACUGAAAGUAAAAAAAAAAAAACUGUUUAUUACCAUAAUGAAACUACACAUUCUAAAAAAUAAAGAAGCAGGGAAAAACCUCCAAAACCUGUUAGAAGCUCAGCACACCUACUCUUAACUUCAUUCAGAUUUUACUUAAGUCAUCAUCUCUGUCUUAUGGACAGAAUAUUACUCACUGUUAUUUCUAGGCAAAUCAAGUAGUUUCUUCAGUGCUAGUGAUACUGAUGUCAGAACAGUCUUUGUUUUAGAAAAGCACAUACACUUACAUUGAAUUGAAUGGCAUUUUCCUCCUUCCUACUUACCAUGCAUCUCUAUGAGAAUCUGUGUUUAUCAGAAUUGUCCCUGUGGUGGAACUUGUAUCAUCUGACAUUAUCUGAAAAAUUCUUAAAAGGGCUGUGUUUUUCUGACAGAAAGUAGCAUUUUUGGGUGAUCUCAGCAGUGACCCAGACUGCAAUAAGACUAAUGACCAAACAUCUCAUCUGUUCAGCACAGGACAUGACUGUAGUGGUGUGAUGACAAGUAUUGUGCAAUUACUUAUGUUAUCACAAACCUGUAGCUAUCCCUUUAGUUUCCAAACCUGUCAGUCUAAACCAUUUAACAAAAACUAGACCAACUUUGAGGAAGAGACUCUUCACUUUACAUGGAAUUAGUUCCUUCUUUUUCAGUUCCUGUAGUUAUUGGGGUCAUUCUUUCUACAUUGUUUCGCUGUUUUGUUUAUUCAAGGUAGUUGUAUUUUUCUGUAAAUAUCAAAAAGCUUUGUCUGCAAUUAGGAUAUAACUGUACUGAACCUCCUUUAGAAAUGGAAUUACUUGUCUGGAGGUUGCUUAGGAUUUUUCUUUUCAUUGGGGGGUGGUGUUUCAGGAAAUAAUAAUGGUUAAUUGCUAGGUAUCUUUUGAAAACCUGUAUGACAAUUUGGAAGUAAAACCAGCAGAGUCAAAGGACAAGAAUGGAAAUCAUGGGGUUUGCCCAUAAGUAUGCUCCUGUGAGGACUAAUUAGCUGGUAUUAGUAAAGAGCUAAUUUAACUCAUACAUAUUUUUGCACACCUUAUAAUAUUUAGUCAGUUUUUCUGAGCUAUAUCUCAACCAGGUACAUUUUAUUAUGGCUGAGUUUUAACUUUGCCUUUUAAACUGCAGUUAACUCUAUUGUGACACUGUAGUCGUGCACAAAAGGUACAAGCACUCUGUUACUAAGUCACAACUCAGUUUGACAGAAUGUAGAACAUAUAGAUUAAAAAGCCUAAAAGCACGUGGACACUGCUCUUAAAGAACUCUCAAAGGCUUUUCAUGACUGAGCUUGUAAAAUUUGUAUGUUACUAGGGAUCCGUAGAUACUUUACACAGCAGAAAUUGUGCACCAUAUUUGUUGUGACUAAACUUCAGUGUAUUUCCUUCCUUCCUGCCUUCCUGCCUUCCUGCCUUCCUUUCCUCCUUCCCUCCUUCCUUCCUUCCUUCCUUCCUUUCCUCCUUCUCUCCUUCCUUCCCUUCCUUCUAAUGUGGAAAUGAAAGUGUACUUUCUCUGCCAGUUCCACAAGUUUAUAAGUUUUCCAUCACCUAUGCGUUUCCCAUUCCAUCCCCAAAAAAGGAACUAUUUGGGAAAACUAGUAGAGUCAGGUCCUAAACAGUGAAGUAGCUGCCAGGGGAGGUCAGUACCUCAGCUGAUCUGCUCUAGUACAACUAAUAGAGCUCUGUGGGUGUCAUGAAAGCUCAGAAACAUGAUGGAUGGUUCAAGGUCUGAUCUGUUCUAGAAAUAGAACCCAUUUUCAAGAUUUAGUUCCAAAAACUUCUCCUUCAAUGUGUAUGAUAUUUUAAAAUCAAAGUGCGUGGUAUGGACCCAUUUCUCACUUAAGGAUGUCAGCUGCCAUCAGAAAAUAAGGCAUCUUUUCAGAAAUGUAUUUGUACUCAGAUUCUGCAGCACAUUUUCACAGUAACGUUGGUGGCAGGAAAAAGAAUAAGGGAGAGAAAGUGCUUGGUCUAGGAGUGCGCACAUGCUUCUUUAAAUUUUUUGUGCCACUUAUGUGAACAGAACUUACUUUUUCUGCCCCCAGAAUGUUUUUAUCACUUCACUCUUUGGGUUAACAGAAUUACUCUUUAUUUCAAAAGAGAAACAAAGGUGUCUGUGCUAAGGGCAAGGAGGCAGCAGUUCUCUUUGGGGAAAAGGGGAGUGGCAGACAUGAUGGCAGCUGGUAUAUUCAGUUCCUUCUUAGUUUUGUUUUUUUUCUUAUAGCGACAUAAGAAAAAGACUUUGCUGCUAUAGUGACUCAACAAAACAGUGACUGUAGUCACUUUGCUAGAUAAGCAUCAGUGUAUCCUGCAGUUGCCACAUGAUGAGUUGGGCUUUUUUUUCCUGUCCUGUAGGGACAUAAAAGGAACUCUUUUCCAUACCUAUUUUUACUUCAUGAACAGAGCAAUAUCAUAUGAUGGACUGAACCUUUCACCCACAUGUUUGCCCAAGUACAUGUCUGUUCCAGUCCCAUGGUUUCUGUCUCUUCUUGCCAACGUUGCAGCAUUAUCACUGCCUUUAAAAUGGCUGUAACAGAGUAAAGCAGCAACUAUUUUACAUAAGUAGAGUAACUAAUAUUAUCUUGAGUCUGUAGAUAACCAGGCUUGUUUUCUCUCUUCAAGUCAUGAUGUUGAAUGACAGCUUUGAUUUUUUGAUUGAGGUAUUGAUCAUGUAUAUCCCGAUACUGUUGCUGUUAUGUUUGGCACUGACACUUAAAGGAAAAUGGUUCUGGACCACCAAAGGGUUAAAAAAUGGACAUGUUUUUGACAAGUCCUCUGACUUUUGCCAGUAUUAUUGUUCAUUAUGAUGACACUGUGUUUUUUUUAAUAGCAGCUGUAGUUGUCAUGAAACUAUUUUCCCAUUCCUCUCCUUUAAAGUGUAAUGUUGUAAAUUCAUGUGACCUUUCCUGCAAAGAAUAAAUAUUUCUUUUUUUAUAUAAGAUCUCAAGACAAGGCUUGGUUUGUAACGAAUAGCGGCCCAUUACAAAGCAGGAAAAAAACUGAGCUGAGCAGAAAGAAGCUUCAGUUCAAUUUCACCUCAUAUCUUUCUAAUAACUUACUUGUCACUUUAUUACCUUCCAGUAAUGUGAAUGCUGCUGACAUGACUGUCACACUAACAGCAGACAACACCCUCUCUUGCUUAGCCCCAGCUCUCCUGGCUACUUAUUGCACUGGCCCUGAAGGGACACAAACUAAUAGUGUGCUUUCAAGUUCAGCACUUGGCCAUCAAAUAUAAAAGGAUGUGUAAUUGCCUGUUUAUCCCUUGUGAAGGCGAAAUUGAGUGUAAGAACCAGGCUUUCCCUCCCCAUUUCUUGACAUACACCCCCCCCCCACACACACACACAUCUGCAGUGAGCAAAAGGAAGUCCCAUCUGGAGCACUUUGAUUUGUCUUUGGGAAGCACAAGGCUGCCAGUGGCUGCUCUAUCGAGCUAUCAGGCAGACAGUAACAAGAUGGCUUCUUAGCAAAAGGUCAGCUGAGAAAUACUGUCUGUAAUGGCACUUUUGUCUGCUUAUGUAGCAACUAAUUGCUUUGUAUUGGCAUAAGGCAUACUGUGCCUGCUAGAAAUAGUCAUGUGAAUUUGCUACAUCUUACUUCAUAGGUUCAGUGCCAAACAGGAUGUGCAAUUUCUUUUUUUUUUUUUUUUACUGGUUUAGCCCGCCCAUCAAUGCGAGAGCAAUAUUAUCCUCUUGCAUUCCUGUAGUGAAUGCCAAUUCCAGAUAUCCUAUUCUGCUGUGAUAGGAACAUCUCCUGCUGAGGUCAGUGUGAACCUCUGUUAAAAAAACAUAUCUGAGAUACAAUCUGCUGUCCUCAUACGAGGAGGAAGUUUUUCUGAUUUAUCCUUUAAUUUACAAGAACACUGCAAAAAAUACAGGCUCCAGAAGUGCUUCUCAGAUGGGGCUGUCAGAAGAGAGAGAGUUUUAUAGUGAAGUAGCUUGAGACCAUGUGCUGUGUUUUAAGAAACUCUUAAGUGCAUGAAGGCCAGCAUACCUGGCUCCAGCCACUCCCCUUCCUUUAUACUAUGUGCUGACAGAUUGCUGAAUAGCAGUUGAAAAUUCGAGUAGGCAGAGGAGCUGCUGGAGCGUGCUUUCCUUGCAGGAUCAGUAGUCAAAGACAGGUUUCAGGCAAAGCCCAAGACCAGGAGACCUGAACAUAUCUUUGGAUUGAUUCAUGACAUUGGUGGGCUGCAGCUCCUCUUUGCUGGUUCUAGAUGCUAAUGCUGUCUCCAGCACGAUGUGGUAAUUUGAUGUUUGCUGCAACAGAGGUGAUGGUGCCCACUAUAAAUAUGCUGAGAUCUUUUACCAGUCAAAGGUCACUGAUCUUUUCCCUCUUUUUCCUUCCGAGUUCAUCAGAAGCUACAAGGGUGAAACCAGCAGACAAAUUCCUGAGGCCUGUUUGUAUCAGAAGUCUAAAGGCUGAGCCCAGACUCUGUUCCCCUGUCAACUCCAUGUGCACAUGGCACUGACGGAGGUGGAAGCAGCUGGAUGAGCUGACCUGCAGUGAUGAGCUUGGGCAGCCUUUCUUGGUGUACCAUUUCUGAGACUGUUUGUGGAAUCUGAGAACUUUCUGAUUGAAGAAAUUAUUUGUGUACUUCAUGUGUGUGUGUAUGUAUGUGAGUGUGAGUGUGACAGACAGAGAAGGAGAAACAAACACAGUGUUAGAACAACAAGUCUUAAAAUGAAGACUACAAGUGAGCAAAAUUAUAUCAUUUUCAUCAUUACAUAGAUAUAUAUAUUUCCUCAUGCACUUAAAAGCACAAGAAGCAUGAGUGAGCAAAUAUCUAAUGUGUAGAGAGGUUUUUUCUGGUAUUCUACAGAUUUUGUAUACUGCUCCCUUCAAACCUUUGGAGACAAAUAUCUUAGAAAAAUGAAGAAAAGCAUCCAGGGCAAUUAUAUUUCUAGAGAAGAAAGAGAGAGCAAGUGUAGCUAAGUGAUGCAUAAAGAUUUUAUAAGGCAUCCAUUGUCAAACAAAAGGUUGAGAAUAAUCAGAGGAUAAUGCACAGUUAGGAUGGCAAACUCAUCAAUAGUUAAUCACAACCUGUCCACUUCUGUCACGAAAUGGAGGAGGCUAUGAGCAGUGGCUCUGGAGCACCAGUGGCAGUUGUGCAUGCUGUGUCUGUACCUGAGUGGGGGAGCAUUAUGCAAUCAUCACAUCCAGCUCAAGAUGUUGUCACAUGAUCUACAUUCCCAUCCCCCCCACCAUCUCCUGUAUUGAUGGGGCAGAAUGCUUCCCUCCACCCCAUCACCACUGCUAAAUGGUACAGAAGCCACAUGAAUUGUGAUUCUAGGGAUGUUGUUCUUAGUUUACCCAAUGACCUAUGGAGUAAAUAGGGCCACUUAAGCUGUACAAACUAAGGCUGAUUUAUUAAUUAUUUUUCAACUAUAUUUUUACAUUUGGAAUUUUUUUUUAACUUUAUUUUUUAACAAACCCCUGUACAAUCUUCAGCCACUGUCUUAAUUUUCCCAUUUUCUUCACCUGCCUCCACCCCUUCUUCUCUUAUGCCAAGAGAGUGUCUCAUUCAAAUUCUCUCAGAAAAGUAACACAUCCUCCUGGUGUUCUUCAUUUUGGAUAGUUUUAUGCAUUCCAUCUGUGAAAAUGGUCACCUUUUGGAAACUGGCAAAAUUAAUAAAAUGGCCAAUGUUGUUUUUGUGUAUCUCAUUUAGCUAUUUAUAAAUAUGAAAUUCAGCAUGCUGCUUGUGCAAACUUUGGUUCCUAUGUCAUAUGGGGCUCCUUUCUCAGAAUGUGGCUGUUUUUUGAUGAGCAGCAUUUGUGUUCUCAGUUCAUCCUUCUGCCUCUCCUCCAGUCUGUAAGAGUGAUCUGUGUUCCAGUGCAAUGUAUGUGUGACAGGUGCACAAAUAGGUUGAUCUGAACCCUGAACACAUUCAAAAUUUACCCUGGCUGAAGUUCUACACACUCUUACUUAUCACAAGCAGAGUACUGCAAUUUGUCCCUACGAAUAACUCACUGUAGGGGGCUUACCCCUGUGGUCAAAGGGGUUUGGAGUUUCAUUGUUUGACUGAAGGCCCUUGCUCACUCGCACAGUUGUUCCUUUAACAGCUUUUAACUGAGAAGGUCAAACAUGGUGAUUUGCUAUGUAGCUAUCUGCUGUGUUUCAGUUCUCCUGAAAUGGAAAGAUGGAAAUCUGACUGGGGGUUCACGUGGAGAUGUAAACGGAGAUAAACUGGAUUUGAACCUUCAUGUAUUUGAGGGUUUUUAGGGGUCUGGCAGUGUAUUCAGUCACAGAGGCAUAAAGCCUGGAAGCCCCUUUCUCAGCAGGCCUGGGAGGGCUCUCACAGCCCAGCUGCAACCCCCAUGACACCCUGUGAUGCACCAACAGCAGCAAAGGGGCUGAUGCGUACAGAAUGGCAAGAUUGCAGCUGUUUUGCAAAGCUAGACUUCUUCCAGUGGACUUUGUCAAGACGUGUUCCUGGUGUUCCCCCGACAGGCAUAGGAAAGUGCGCAGUCAAGGCUUGAUGGACAUUUUUACAAAGGCCCUUCUCUGUUUGGAAUAGAGGAGGCUUUUCAUUUUCACUGUUUGAUCUCAACGUGAGCAAAACGUGAAUGCUCUGCUGUCCUGCCUGCAGAACCAAAGCAUGCACUGUAGAAUAUAGCUGUACAAGGGGAUACAAAAAACUGCAUCAUGUUGAUCUAAUAAUCGUACAUUGGUAGCUUCAUAAAUAUUGUAUGUACUCUAAACAAGUUUUUUCCAUUAGUAGUCUGAGGGAAUUGAAAAUCCUGUUUUUAAUUUGACAUUUCUUUUCUUGUAUUUUCUGUACUGUAACUGUCCUACAGUAUGUCUUUUGCAUAAAAUGCAUAAGGUUUUGGGGAUAUAAAUGGAGUUUUACUCAUACUUUGUCCAAAUACCUCUUGUAAUUUGUAUCAAAAUUCUUGUACAAUUUUUAUAUUAAAGAUUUAUCAGUCACUGAC